CCUCCGGCUGAGGACUGCGAGGGAAGCGGCGUCAUGGCGAGCUCGGCCGCGUCCUCCGUGCGCCCGCCGAGGCCCAAGAAAGAGCCCCAGACGCUGGUCAUCCCUAAGAACGCGGCGGAGGAGCAGAAGCUCAAGCUGGAGCGACUCAUGAAGAACCCGGACAAAGCUGUGCCAAUUCCGGAAAAGAUGAGCGAGUGGGCGCCGCGGCCACCCCCGGAAUUUGUCCGAGACGUGAUGGGUUCCAGUGCUGGAGCCGGCAGCGGAGAGUUCCACGUGUAUAGGCACCUGCGCCGCAGAGAGUACCAGCGGCAGGACUACAUGGAUGCCAUGGCUGAGAAGCAAAGGUUGGAUGCAGAAUUUCAGAAAAGGCUGGAAAAGAAUAAGAUCGCUGCCGAGGAGCAGACGGCCAAGCGGCGGAAGAAGCGCCAGAAGUUGAAGGAGAAGAAAUUAUUGGCAAAGAAGAUGAAACUUGAACAGAAGAAGCAGAAAGAAGGAGCCGGUCAGGCCCCGGAGCCGCAGUCCAGUAGCUCUGAGGAGGCGUCUGGAACAGAGGAGGAUGAAGAGGAAGAGCAGCCCAGCUUCAUCAUGGGGCGGUGAUGACACAGCUGUCUGGAGCACGGCUCAUGCGUGACCGGGGCGCAGAGCAUCCUGGUGUGCCCAGCAGGGAGAGGAGGCCUUCCUUCAGCCCUCCUCCUAAGGACUCCCUGGGUGGGGAGCCCUGUGGCCUCCUGGGCGGGGCUCAGCCGUGUUCCUGUGGAAAGGAGAGAGGCUUUACGUGCUGCUGGCACAGUUCUCCCAGUAAACCACCAUGACCCUGGGGUGGCACCCACUUGCGGAGCGCUUACAUAGUAAAGCACAGAAAACCGCUGGGUUUCGUUGAGACAUGCAAAAUGUGCAUUACAGAGGCUGUGGGAUGACAGUGCAGACGGGCUGCAGGACGCAGCAGGCCCCGUCCUGGGGCGGGUGCUGAGCGCUUGUGUGGCUCUCCUGCCCUCAGCUCCCAGAACAGGCGGGGUGGGCCAAGACUCCAGCACGGGGACUGGUGACGCGAGCUGCUGGAAAAGUGAGGGGUAAUGAGGAAAAUAAGGGGGAAGCUGCUGCAGUGGGGCUGAGCUAGGGUGUGGAGCUCAGGGCAGUGCUGGCCACAGGCUGCAUUUUUACUCAGAAGUGUAGAGAUCUAAACAGGAAAGUGCACAGAGACGUGGCCUUCUCCCUGGAUCUCCCAGAAGCUGCGGUCUGAGAGAAAGGGCUGGCACUGCUGCAGGCUCAGGCUGCCUCAGCACCCUGGGGUCUACCCUGAACCCUGGUGCUUUUAGACCUUUGGGGCACAGGGGGCUAGAGUCUGUGCUCCAUUUUUGAACCAUUUAUCUCUGAGUACCUAGGUAUGUUUUGUGGACUUACCAGGAACUGAAGGUGGUUUUGAGUGAAAGGAACCCGAGGCGUGUUUGCUGGUGUAGUCAGGUGCCCUCCCCUAUCUCCCGCAAACUCUGGAUCUGCCCGGCAUCUGUGACCACACCUGGCCCUUGUGGUUCAGGUCACAGGCAUUGCUCUUUGCCCAAAGCCGGGAUGGGAUGAAGCAUCAGUCUAAUAAACAAGCACCCCCCUG